UCCUCUUUCGAUCUUCUUCCUCUCUUUGACGGUUCAAUCGCCGUUCACUCGUUCUUCCCAAGGAAGGAACGAAGGAUGCCGCCUCGCAAGGGAAAGCGCGUCGUCAUCUCCGUCUCCUCGUCUUCCGAUUCCGAUCGAGAAGCGUCGUCCGAUUUCGAUCGAGGAGAAGACGAUGAUGACUCCGAUGAUGAAGAUUAUGUCAAUGACGACCUUGACGAUGUAGAAGACGAGGAGGACGAAGAAGGAGAAUCUGAAGUCGGGGAGGAAGAAUCUAUAAGCAACGAGGACGAUGAGGGGGAUUCGGUGGACAAAAGAUCGACAGAUGAAGAACGAUGUAACAAAGUCAUCGAUCUCUUAAAAAGAAAAGGAAGUUUAGAUACUUUGAAAUUGGAAGACUGUAAAUCCUAUUUGAGGAAGCAUGGACUCCGGUUAAGUGGGACCAGAUCUACCUGCAUCAAGAGAAUUUUAGAGCACUAUAGGCUAAAAGAUGGAAAUGGUGAAAAACUAUAUCCAAGAUCUUCCUUUGUUAUAAACUGCACAGGGGAUGUAUGUAAAGGUGAUGUUGUUCUGUUCAGACAGAGGGUUUAUGAUAAGUUUGACAAAGUAUCAAGGACUGCGAAUAUUAUAGGAAAGCGGAUAAUUGCAGGAAGAGUUGUCAAGGAAAGUUAUGGUGCAGCGAAACAGCAACACACUUUUACUGUUGAAGUAGUAUGGUGCAAAGGUAAAAAUGCUCUACCUCCCUUAUUUCCUUUGCUUGUGAAGGGACGGAACCUCUACAGGCUAAAGACCUUCCGCCAGCGUUGGAGCAAUGAAAUAGAGAGAUCAAAGGUUCUUGCGGAAAAGCAUCAAAGGGGAGCAGCAGCAAGGCGCAUCAGAGAACUUUCGAAAGCUAAGUCUGGAAAAGGUUCCAAGUGCCAGCAAAGUUCUUCUGAUGCUAGGCCACAUUCGAAGGAAAGAAGGAUGGAAGAUUCUAAACAUGGUUCCGAAACAAAGAAACAGAAAGUUCCUUGUGCCUCUGCACCAUUUAAUGUUCAUACAAGUAUGAAGGCUACCAUGACAAGAAAUGUCAGUUCACAAAAAAUUUCUAGUGCCAAUGCUCCAUUCAGUGCUCACGCAAAUAUUCAGGCCACCAUGACAAGAAAUAUUGAGUCAUCAUAUACUGCUCCAAGACAUGCAAGUUAUCAUGAAAGCAGAAUUCAUCAUCAACGCCUUAUCCUUGAGAGGAACCCCUUCUACAAUCAUCACAAUAGGCUGAUGGAAUUACAUCAUAGCACAGCACCACCGCAGACAAGGUGGAAUUUUCAUCCGGCAUACAAUCCAAAUUAUUCUAUGGAUGUGACUGGAGUUGCACAUCAUCAUGCAUUGAACAUGGAACACACUUUUUGCCAUCCUUGGGCCAGUGCUACUCCUAAUGUUGGUCCAUGGACUGCGAGGCAGCAAUGGCGACAGUCAGAUUAUGAUCCUGGCCCCCCAUUACCUCCAGGUAUGCAAUUCCAUAGAUAUAGGAGGCCUUGACAUUUACUGAAAGCAGUUCUGGUUUUGUGGAAGGUAAAGGUUGCCUGUUCAGAUGAUUGAUGUAUUGACAGUUCAAUACUCACUUGGCUGAAAGUACAUAUUUACAAGCAAGAGUACAAGUUCCAUUUUGAUGGUUCUUAUAGUACCACAAUCCAAAUUGAAGACAGUAGGAAGAUUUCAAUGUUCACAAAAGUCUGUUUGAAGUCUUGGUCAGCUCAUGAACAUUUGUGUUGGAUAUCGUCCAGCAGCAAAAUUAUGUGUCAAUACUUCCCAUUGCGUCGAAGAAAGAAGCAGCAUUUGGACUUCAAUUGAAGAACAGCAGAAGUUUAUCAUCUUUUAUAUCCAAAGGCCAAAAACAAAAAGACAGUAUGUCUGUUUUGAUGGUUGAGAUGGAUGGUGUGUCUGAAAUGCAAUUUCUCUUAUCUUGUGAAAUCUGGGAUUGCUUCAAACUAUAUAAAAAUACUAUUGGCAGUUAUUGGAAACCAGAUAGAUGAGGUUGGAAAUAAAACAAAUAGAAAAAAACAAAGUUUAUGGUCGCAGCUUCAAAAUGUUGCCAUCCAAGCAACUUGAUAUAUGUUUGCUCCAUGUUGAUACUCUUGUCAACCAAGCCUCCCUAAAGGUUACUCUGAAACUUUAGUAGUGUAGGUCAUGGUCUUAUUUCUAUCAUGAACAAGGGACUAUGCUUGACAAUUUACUGGAUGACUGUCAGGUUGCUGAUGAUGAAUUAUGAAUGCUUAAUGUCUA